AUUUCUAACCCAUUAGAAAAUUGCAAGUCAAGAAAAGAGAGAGAAAAUUAUACUUGGUUUACAAGAAGAGGCAAUGUCCAAUUUGAGAAUUUGGGCCGGCCCAUCAUAAGCCCCAUUUUAUAUAACUCUAAACCCUAAUUGAGACGAGUUCUGCUGCAAAUCGCAAUUUUACAGAGACCUUCCUAGCCGUAAGCCAUGGUGAACGUUCCAAAGACAAAAAAGACUUACUGCAAAUCAAAGGAGUGCAAAAAGCACACCUUGCAUAAGGUGACCCAGUACAAGAAGGGGAAGGAUAGUUUAGCUGCUCAAGGAAAGAGACGUUAUGAUCGCAAGCAGUCAGGUUAUGGUGGUCAGACCAAGCCUGUCUUCCACAAGAAGGCCAAAACAACCAAGAAGAUUGUGUUGAGGCUGCAAUGCCAGGGCUGCAAGCAUGUCUCCCAACACCCAAUCAAGAGAUGCAAGCAUUUUGAAAUCGGUGGCGACAAAAAGGGCAAAGGAACUUCCCUCUUCUAAUUUGCUUUGGUAUGUGGGAAUACUGCAGCGACAUUUUUGUGUGUUGGCUAUAUGUUUGGUGAAAUAUUAGACAUCUUGUAACUCAAUCUUGUGUUACUGACAUUGAACCAGUUUAUGAAAUUUAUUCCAUAAA